GCCAUCUUGGUAACAGACCUCUCAGCCUUCCUCCAGCCUCCAGAUGACAGCGGCCUCCAGUGACAACUUCACUUUCCAGCUGAACUGCUCCCAAAGUCCUGGACCACAGAAAUCUGCUGGCCAUUCAGGCCCGAAAGCGGAGGCCGAAAAGAGAGAAACAUCCGAAAAAAAAUCAAGCAGAAGAUUGAGCUGCUGAUGUCAGUUAACUCUGAGAAGUCGUCCUCUUCAGAAAGGCCGGAGCCUCAGCAGAAAGCUCCCUUAGUUCCGCCACCGCCGCCUCCACCACCGCCACCGCCUCUGCCAGACCCCACGCCCCCGGAGCCAGAGGAGGAGAUCCUGGGAUCAGAUGAUGAAGAGCAGGAGGACCCCGCCGACUACUGCAAAGGUGGCUACCAUCCGGUGAAAAUUGGAGACCUCUUCAAUGGCCGCUACCAUGUCAUUAGGAAGCUAGGAUGGGGACACUUCUCAACUGUCUGGCUGUGCUGGGAUAUGCAGGGGAAAAGAUUUGUUGCAAUGAAAGUUGUAAAAAGUGCCCAGCAUUAUACAGAGACAGCCUUGGAUGAAAUAAAAUUGCUCAAAUGUGUUCGAGAAAGUGAUCCCACUGACCCAAAUAAAGACAUGGUAGUACAGUUAAUUGAUGACUUCAAGAUUUCAGGCAUGAAUGGAAUACAUGUCUGCAUGGUCUUCGAAGUGCUUGGCCACCAUCUCCUCAAGUGGAUCAUCAAGUCCAACUACCAAGGCCUCCCAGUACGUUGUGUGAAGAGUAUCAUUCGACAGGUCCUUCAGGGGUUAGAUUAUCUACACAGUAAGUGCAAGAUCAUUCAUACGGACAUAAAGCCGGAGAACAUCCUGAUGUGUGUGGAUGAUGCAUAUGUGCGAAGAAUGGCAGCUGAGGCCACCGAGUGGCAGAAAGCAGGUGCUCCUCCUCCUUCGGGGUCUGCAGUGAGUACGGCUCCACAGCAAAAACCUAUAGGAAAAAUAUCUAAGAACAAAAAGAAAAAACUGAAAAAGAAGCAGAAAAGGCAGGCUGAGUUGCUGGAAAAGCGCCUGCAGGAAAUAGAAGAAUUGGAGCGAGAAGCGGAAAGGAAAAUCAUAGAAGAAAACAUCUCAUCCGCUGUACCUUCCAAUGAACAAGACGAGGAGUACCGCUCAGAGGGGAAGCUCAAAACUGCUGGCUUAGAGGACGCAGCCGAGGGCGAGCCUGCGAAUGACAAGGGUGAGGCUGAGGACCAGGAAGAGAAAGAAGACGCUGAGAAAGAAAACACUGAGAAAGAUGGAGAUGAUGUGGAACCAGAACUGACGAGCACAGACCCUGCGUGGAUAGAGUCCCCCAGAACCAAUGGCCAUAUUGAGAAUGGCCCGUUCUUACUGGAGCAGCAGCUGGAUGAUGAAGAUGACGAUGAAGAAGAUUGUCCCAAUCCUGAGGAAUAUAACCUUGAUGAGCCAAAUGCAGAAAGUGAUUACACAUAUAGCAGCUCCUAUGAACAAUUCAAUGGUGAAUUGCCAAAUGGACGACAUAAAAUUCCCGAGUCACAGUUUCCGGAGUUUUCCACAUCCUUGUUCUCUGGGCCCCUAGAACCUGUGGCUUGUGGUUCUGCACUUUCCGAGGGAUCCCCGCUUACCGAGCCUGAGGAAAGCAGUCCAUCCCAUGACAGAAGCCGGACGGUUUCAGCCUCCAGCACUGGAGAUUUGCCAAAAACAAAAACCCGGGCGGCCGACUUGUUGGUGAACCCCCUGGAUCCACGGAACGCAGAUAAAAUCAGAGUUAAAAUUGCCGACCUGGGAAAUGCUUGUUGGGUGCAUAAACACUUCACAGAAGACAUCCAGACGCGUCAGUAUAGAUCCAUAGAGGUUUUAAUAGGGGCAGGUUACAGCACACCUGCUGACAUUUGGAGCACAGCAUGCAUGGCAUUUGAGCUGGCAACGGGAGAUUAUUUGUUUGAACCGCAUUCUGGGGAAGACUAUUCCAGGGAUGAAGACCACAUAGCCCACAUCAUAGAGCUGCUAGGCAGUAUCCCAAGGCACUUUGCUCUAUCUGGAAAAUAUUCUCGGGAAUUCUUCAAUCGCAGAGAUCACAUAGCAUUGAUCAUUGAACUGCUGGGGAAAGUCCCUCGAAAAUACGCUAUGUUGGGAAAAUAUUCCAAGGAGUUUUUCACCAGAAAAGGAGAACUGCGGCAUAUCACCAAGCUGAAGCCCUGGAGCCUCUUUGAUGUCCUUGUGGAAAAGUAUGGCUGGCCCCACGAAGAUGCUGCACAGUUUACAGAUUUCCUGAUCCCAAUGUUAGAAAUGGUUCCAGAAAAACGAGCGUCGGCUGGCGAAUGCCUUCGGCAUCCUUGGUUGAAUUCUUAGCAGAUCCUACCAGUAGAGCAUUCUGAGCUAGCAAAUGUUUUCCAGUACAUUGGACCUAAACGGUGACUCUCAUUCUCUAACGGGAUUACAAGCGAGCUGGCUUCAUCCUCAGACCUUUAUUUUGCUUUGAGGUACUGUUGUUUGACAUUCUGCUUUUUGUGCACUGUGAUCCUGGGGAAAGGUAGUCUUUGUCUUCAGCUUAGUAGUUUACUGACCCACUUUCUUCUGGAAACAAUAACAUGUCUCUAAGCAUUGUUUCUCGUGUGACAUUCAAAUGUCAGUCUUUUUUUUUUGAGCGAAAAAUACUUUCCCCCUUGUGUUUUGGCAGGUUUUGUAACUAUUUAUGAAGAAAUAUUUUAGCUGAGUACUAUAUAAUUUACAAUCUUAAGAAAUUAUCAAGUUGGAACCAAGAAAUAGCAAGGAAAUGUACAAUUUUAUCUUCUGGCAAAGGGACAUCAUUCCUGUAUUAUAGUGUAUGUAAAUGCACCCUGUAAAUGUUAAUUUCCAUUAAAUAUGGGAUGGGGACUCAAAUUUCAGAAAAGCUACCAAGUCUUGAGUGCUUUGUAGCCUGAGUUGCAUGUAGCGGACUUGAACUGCUCCCAGGAGCUAUGCAGACUUUUCAUUCCAUAACAGCCCUUUUACAUUGGAUUUUAAACAAAGUGGCUCUGAGUUAUGUCAUUCCCUAUAUGGCACUUUAAAGCAAGAAAAGACAUGCUUUCAUUUGAAAAUACGUACUAUAGUUUUAGCACUCUCAUUCAUAUUUUUGCGUAUUUUUAAAAGUACUUUUAAGGAAAAAGAGCAAUUUCCCUUUAAAAAUGUGAUGGCCCAGUACCAUGUGGUGUUGCCUCCUCUAAACACUGUAAGUUAAACUCUACAUAGAUUAAAUCGGACAACAAAAACCAUGUGCAGUGUGUGGAAUUAGAAAUACACACACACACACACACACACACACACACACACACACACACACACAUACGUAUGUAUGUAUAUAUAGUUUUUCUUUUUUGGAAAAGCUUACUUGUGUUUCUCCAAAACCAAGGUGUGGUAUGUACAGUUAGCGGUGCAGUGGGCACGACCCUAACGUCUCAGAGGUAACAGGGAUCACGUUCAUUCCAUAGGCAGUUAUAUGCGUGGCUAUAACAAUUUUCUGAGCUUUUUCAUUGUCUUCCCAUGUAUUGAAGUUGAGAAAAUGAUUUUCCCUUUGCAGGUUGCACACAAUUUUGUUUAUGCAUUUCCUUAAAGUUUUAGAAUCCAGGACACAAACCAUAGUAGGCAAUACGAUUUUAGAAUGUAAUCUACAGAGGUGUAUUUAGCCUCUUUUAGAAGUCAGUGGGUUGAAUGUCAGGUUUUUUAAAAAUUUUACAUUCAUUAAGGUGCCUCAUUUUUCUUGACUUUGUCCAUUAACAUUUAUCCAUAUGCCUUUGCAAUAACUAGAUUGUGAAAAGAUAACAAGUGUUGUAAUAAUAAUCCAUUGUUUGAGGUGCUUGCGGUUGUCUUAAAAAUUAAAGUGUUUUGGUUUUUUUUUUUUCCAGA